CCUCUACGUCCGGCGCAUGUCAGCGAUAGCUCGAAUCUGGGCUUAAAUCUCACAGUUUUGAAACUGAUUUCAACGUAUUUUCUACUGGUAGCCCUACGGUCUCACGUUGUCAGAGGCCAACUUCUUUCUGUUACUUGUAUCCAUCUCAACAAAGAUGUUACCUCACCCGAGCAAACUGAUGUCUUCAUGUAGAGGCCUACUUCUCAUUCCUCCUGCAAUUAGUCCAACUCGAAGGUCUAUUAUUCAGCUAUUUGGACAUAAUGGACAAAGUUCAAAGAAGGAGUCGAUGCUUCAUCAAUCAUGUUCCCUUUGCAGUGAGAGCGUUCUCCAGUCUCCUCAGAGAAGGUUCAGAUUCUACCAAGCAUUAGACCAUGAUGGCUCAUCAGAAGCUCGGACAUUCUCAACUAGUUGUUAUGCAAUGUCACGCUUCGUCAAGAGAUUUCCGAGAUGGCCUUUAAGAGUCGGGAGGCAAAAUUUCAGAGGAAAGGAGAGAGAGUCUGAAGCCAUUGAAGAAUUUGUGUCACUCCGUAGUAGCAAUGAAUCAUUGGAGGGGAAGCUAGUGAAUAAAGUUGUAAGUGACCCAGGAUUCGAAGGAACAUUUGUCGUGCACGGGAGCCAAACACAAAGCAAUGCAGUUGACCAAAGAAUUGCUCACUGGCCAGUUCAGGUACCCAAAGACAACCUAGAUGUACCUGUUAGUGACCAAAGCCAAACUGGUCAAGAAAGGGUAUCUCCUGAUAGUUGGAACAGUGAGCCUCAUGGCAUGAGUCAGAGAUUGGAUAGGGAUAGGAAAACCAGGAUUCAUGGGUCAAGAAAUGUAUUUAAGCAAGGAAGAGCCAUGCCUACAGGUCAGGUGCGCAGGGACAUGCCAGAUACAAGUAGAAACGAUGAACAGCAAGGCAGGAAACAGACUAUUGGUAAGGACACCAGAAUUUACAAGUCAGGAACCAAUGACCUUGAUGUAAUGCAGGGCAGGGAGAGUUCUUCUGAAGUGUAUCCAGGACCUAAUAUCCACCCAACGGAUGUAGAAACCGUGAGUGCUGAUCUUCUAGAAAUGGACUCUAGGAAACACUCUGGUGCACGCUGGAAGUCGACAGCUGAAGAUCGGAGAAGUAAUCAGGAGAAUGAAAAGAGAUCAUCAAGCCUUCAUCAUCGUGAGAGAACCAAAGAGCAGAUAAGAAUUCCACGUGGCAGUGACCUGCUGUACGGCAUUUCCCCAUGCUUCCUGGCUCUAAAACAUGCGAAAAGGGAAGUCCACCAGCUGUAUGUCACAUCUACUUUCCAGAACUCACAAAGGUCAGAGGUCAAAGAAAUUCUUGCCUUAGUGGAGGAGAGAGGUCUGAGGAUGUGGCAAACAAACAGACGAGUGUUGGAUAGAUUUACAGAGCAGCGGCGUCAUCAGGGUGUGUGCAUGGAGACCAGUCGCCUUUACUUUGAUUCUCUUUUAGAAGAAGGAUAUGAUGGUUUCACUCCAUCCUCAGUAAGACUUGUCCUUGACAAAAUCCAUGAUCCCAUGAACCUAGGGGCAUUGCUACGAUCAGCAUAUUUUCUGGGGAUUGAUAAAGUCAUUGUCAGCAAGAAAAACUGCUGUUCCCUGACUCCUGUAGUAAGCAAGGCCAGCAGCGGUGUCAUGGAGAUAAUGCCUGUUUAUGCUGCGCCACACAUUCCUUCAUAUCUUGAGAAUGAGAAGCGGAAAGGAUGGAGUGUAGUCGGUGCUUCUGUUGGUAGCUGCAGCUCUUCAAUUGAGAGUAUUCCCUGUAACAAGUACAAGCAAACAGGCCCAAUUCUUCUCGUAGUCGGAAAUGAAGGAUUUGGUCUGAGUAAUGACAUCAUUGAGCAGUGCUCCGAGUUCAUCUCUGUACCGGCAGGAAGACAGCUGCAUGCUGGGAUAGACUCACUUAAUGUUUCAGUAGCUACAGGUAUACUUCUGCAUUCGAUCUUGGGUAGAAGGUAAACUCUUACAAUGGAAACUGAGGGCCUACUACAGAGGAAAGCAAAGAAUGAUGUUUGUGCAAUAUUUUGUCUCUUAUAUUUUUUUUAUGUAAUGUUUGAAUCUGGACCAUGCAAUGAUGAAUCAUGACAGAAAGCAAUUCAAAGUGUGUAUUGUUAAAAUCUUGUAAAGUAAACCAAACAACAAGAAAAUAUGGAGUAUUCUUAUGGUAUUCAUCCAGAAUUUCAUUUGUAUGAACAAGGGCUGAGGCAAAAAAGUUCAACCGCCACUUCCACAAACAUUUAAAGCAUUUCCACUUCGCCAUUUCGUAAUCGUUUGACCAUGGGGAAAAAUAAAAAAAGUUGCUGAAAAAUCAACAUUUCCAUCAAAGCACUUUGACUUAUCGUAAACUACCAAGAAAAAAAGUGAUAUUCCCUUCUUUGUUGACUCUGACAUUGAUUUCUGGAAAUUUCAGUUGAUGGGUAGGUAGGGUAGGGGAAGGCGGGGUAAGUCGAGCAUAGGGGCAAGUUAAGCCACCAUCCCCAGGCCAAUAAUGAAUGAGUCAGACAUUGUGGUGGUGUCAUGUAUUGAUGACCCAUUACAUAACCCUUAACGCCACCACAUUGUUUUCAACUUUGAAACAAAAGGACUUUUUUAGAGGGAAAAAUACAAAUUUCAGCCAAAAAAGUAAAAAAAGGGUGUGAAAUAGAUAAGUGCUUUUUACCCACACACGUCUUUAAAUAUAAUAAAGAAAUAAGAACAAUAUUGUUAGUCCAGGUAUGGAUUCUCAUUCUUGUCAUAGGCUUUUACAUGAUGGAUGCAUAAGAAAUGUGUGGAUGUGAAGGGCAAGUUGAGCCAUGGUAAUUCUUAUGGUAAUGUAUAAUAAAAAAAAAAUAAUAAUAAAAAGCCAUUGAUAUGCAGGCAGAACGGAGCAAAUUAACAUGACAGUUCUUUUACUUUUAGAGGAUGUUAGUAUUUAUAGAGAAUUAGCAGGUGAAAAGACUUUAAAUAAAAAAUUGACAUGCCGGUUCUUCCCGCAUACAUUUUGUACAUAGUUUUUGUGGCUGAACUUACCCCAGAGGUGGCACAACUUACCCCACAGAUGGGGCAAGUUGAGCCACUUGACAUUGUUUUUUUCAAAGGACACAGUGCCUUUCACUGUGGGGGUAGAAAGUUAUAUAUAGGUGACAAAAAAUUUCCCAAGAAUCAAAUUUAAAGGCAAGGUACUUAAUGCUGCAAUAUUAUUAGUCAUAUCAAUUCUAACAUGCAAAAUGCAAAAAGUGUCACAACUUACCCCGCCUUCCCCUACUGUGUAUGUGGCACAGGGUCUCAAUCUGGUGCAAUUGACAAAGGAUUGAUAUUAUAGGCAUGAAAGUAUAUUUGAUGUCAAUAGAUGAUCAAAUAAUAAGUUGUAGAUUCAUUGAUCUUCCUCUCAUUCAUAAUUAAUACUCCUUCAUGACUU